GUCUAAGUCAAAACUCCCAUCACUCUCACUCACUCUGCUACACAAACUCUUACGCAUAAAAGGACGGGACAAUGCACGCAUAUCUCUCGUUUUUGUUCAAAUCUCCAUCCCCAUUACUGUAGGGUUUGCUUUCCUCGCCACUGGUGGUCCACCUCUGAAGAACACCAAGCCUGUUAACGAUUUCUCCCCUUCAACAACUGUAAAGGUAAUCGUUUUUUUCUCUUUUCAUUGCAAAAUCAAUAACUACUUCUCUUUCGGGUUUCACAAAACAGACCCACAUGAUCGAUCUAUUCAUCAUCAAUGUUGGAUCUGAGGGAAAGAAGAUGGUUAUUUGAACAUACCCACAUGAAAAUGUAUUCGAUUCAACAUCAGUUAGACUACACGCCGCCUCCUUUGCCCUCAUCUGGCAACAAAAUCAGCCCAACCCUUCUUUUCGUUAUUGUAAUUGUAGCUGUUCUGUUCUUCAUAUCUGGUAUUCUUCACCUACUUGUUAGAUUCCUCACCAAGCAUCACAAUCCUUCUUCUUCUUCCUCAGCUCAAUCUAAUAUUGAUAGAUACCCAGAAUCUUCCGCCACUAAUACUCUCCAAAGACAACUUCAACAGCUCUUCCAUCUUCACGAUUCUGGUUUAGAUCAGACUUUCAUCGAUUCUUUGCCUGUUUUCAUGUACAAAGAACUUUUGGGUGCUAAGGAGCCGUUUGAUUGCUCCGUCUGUCUAUGUGAAUUCUCAGACAAGGAUAAGUUGAGGAUGCUUCCUAUUUGCAGUCAUGCAUUCCACAUCAACUGUAUAGAUACAUGGCUGCUAUCGAAUUCUACCUGUCCUCUUUGCAGAGGCACACUCUUUAGCCCCGGCCGGCCUAUACAAAACCCAAUAUUUGAAUUUGAUGAUAUGAGAGAAGAUGAAGGAUUUCCAAGCAAUGGAGAAAAUGGGUGUUCUCAUUAUAAUCAUAGUAAGUCUGUUGAAAUGGAACAAAUUGGGGGGGAUGCAAUUUUGCAAAUUAGACUUGGGAAAUUCAGGAAGUUGGAUGAUGAUGGUGAUGAUAGAAGUGCGGUUGGGGAGACUAGCAGCAGUAGUUUAGAUGACAGAAGAUGUUUUUCGAUGGGAUCUUAUGAAUAUGUAGUUAGGGAUGCAAAUCUUAUGGUUUCUGCAUUAAGACAUGAUUCUUCUGAUGGCAGUGAUGGUGGUGAGGGGAAGAAGAUAAGUUUUGGUGGAAAAACUGAUAGUUAUUCCGAGUCCAAGAUAUGGCUGUGGUCGUCAAACAAACACAAAUUGACAACUUCUUUCGAUGAUCAAGAGCGACGAUCCUAUCUUUCUUGAUUUUUUCAUAAAGUCCAGCAACUUGCAGGUACAUUAUCAAGACCUGGCUCAAUAUUGAACAUUACUAUGCAAAUACUUGAAUUCUUACUAUGUUAGGUGGAGAAGAUAUAAACAAUCUCUUUUAACUUUUUUUU